AUGGCACAUCCCUCACAACUAGGAUUCCAAGACGCGGCCUCCCCUGUAAUAGAAGAACUUCUGCACUUCCACGACCAUGCCUUAAUAAUUGUUUUCCUAAUCAGCACCCUAGUCUUAUACAUUAUUGUUGUUAUAGUAACCACCAAGCUUACCAAUAAAUAUAUCUUAGACUCCCAAGAAAUUGAAAUCGUCUGAACCAUCCUCCCAGCAGUAAUUCUUAUUCUAAUCGCCCUCCCCUCCCUCCGAAUUCUUUACCUAAUGGAUGAAGUAAAUGACCCCCACUUAACAGUAAAAGCCAUGGGCCACCAAUGAUAUUGAAGCUAUGAAUAUACUGACUACGAAGACUUAGCUUUCGACUCCUAUAUAAUCCCCACACAAGACCUCACUCCGGGGCAAUUCCGACUACUUGAAACAGACCAUCGAAUAGUAAUUCCAAUAGAAUCCCCAAUCCGGGUGCUAGUCUCAGCUGAAGACGUUCUACACUCUUGGGCCGUCCCAGCGCUAGGCAUCAAAAUAGAUGCCGUCCCAGGACGACUAAACCAAGCAUCCUUUAUCACCUCCCGCCCCGGAGUGUUCUACGGACAAUGUUCUGAAAUCUGCGGGGCCAACCACAGUUUUAUGCCCAUCGUUGUAGAAGCCGUUCCCCUAGAACACUUUGAAAACUGAUCCUCUCUUAUGCUUGAAGACGCCU